UUCCUUCGCCGGCGCGCGUCCUCUUGUCCAAAAUGCAUGUCACACAGUUCCGUCUCGCCUUCGAGCUUUUGCCGUAUACUGUUACGGAAAGGUCCUUCCUUUCUGUGUUCCAAAUCCAAUCCCGCAUCAAUAUUCCCUCUUUCAUCUUCCUUCAUGAACUCCCACGAACCUUCAAUCUUGAUCCAUGACCAACACGCUCUCUCACACAUUACCCCCUAAAUCCCUCACCCUUCUUCUUCACCAGGUUUCUCAUGUUGAGAGACUCCGAAGACCCCCAAAACUCCAAUCUUCGGGCACUUGUAUUGGGCAAUUACUGCCAUGAUGUCAUCCUGCGUGACGGCGCCGUCGUUGGAGAGGCUAUCGGUGGCGCCGCUACCUUCAUCUCCGCGGUGCUUGACAGUUUCUCUAUCUCACACCAUCUGGUUGCCAAGGUAGGACCGGAUUUUGCUUACGUAACAAACCAUCCUCCGAUUGUGAUACCCUCUGCCGAAACCACUGUUUUUCAUGCGCAUUUCACUUCGAAUAUCGAUGCAUCCGGGAACUCGGAUCGGGUCCUGAAACGGGUCCGUGCUUGCGAUGCGAUUAGGAUUUUGGACCUUCCGCAAUCGAGUUUGGAUUUCGGAAUGGCGGUUGGCGUUGGUGGGGAAAUAUUGCCGGAGACUCUGGAGAGAAUGGUUGAGAUUUGUGACGAAGUGUUUGUUGAUGUUCAGGCUCUGAUUCGAAAAUUCGAUGUUGUUGAUGGAACUGUGAAGCCUAUUGCGUUGAAGGAGAGUGGUUUCUUUCACCUAUUGCCACGAAUUGGGUUCCUCAAAGCAUCAGCUGAUGAGGCAUUGUUCAUUGAUUUGGAGGAGAUGAGGAAAUUUUGCUGUGUUGUGGUGACACAUGGAAAAGAAGGGUGUAGAGUGUAUUGGAAAGAUGGGGACAUGGAAAUAUCGCCAUUUACAGCUAAUCAAGUUGAUCCGACAGGUGCUGGGGACAGUUUCUUAGGUGGUUUUGUUUCAGGUCUGAUUCAAGGUUUGGCUGUGUCUGAUGCUGCAAUACUAGGCAACUUCUUUGGCUCCUUGACUGUGUCUCAAUUGGGGCCUCCAAAGCUUGACAUAAGGUUGUUCCAGAUGGUUAAGGAUGAGAUUCACAUAAGAAGGAAAAUAGAAAGAAAGGAUAACAUGUUGAAUUUUGAGAAGGCACCUGAUGAAGAACAAUUCUACGCUUCUCUUGCUGCUGCAAAAGCAAUAAUUAUGCGUCACAUUCAGGAACAUGAAGGAAAUCCACCAAGCUCUCCUACCAAAGUGAUGAAGCAGGAUGGUAUGAACAAAAAAAAGUUGUUGCUGAAAUCUGUUCAGGAGGAAUCAACAGAAACUGUUGAUGGUGAAUCAUGAACAAAAAAAAAGUUGUUGCUGAAGUCUGUUCACGAGGAAUCAACAGAAACUGUUGAUGGUGAAUCAUGAGGUUUUGGCAAUUUUGGAGCUCAAUUUAUAAUGUGCAUCUGCGUUCUUUCCACCUUGCUGACAGCAGGGAUUUUCCUCCUUGAGGUAUUGAGGGUAGAGAGUAGACAUCUCCUAAGUGCUACAUACACAAGAGGUGAGACUUGAAACCUCAACCACUUGCUUAAGUGAUGGGGCUUUCACCAUUUAUGCCCACUUUAAUUGGUACAUCUGCAUUUUUUUUUUAACCUUAAAGUUUCUUUCAGUCUCAAUGAUGGUGCUUUCUUUUAUUUGCACCAUGUUCCACGUGUAUCCCUAAUUGCUGAUGUAACUUUGAGAUUUUGAUCAUAAUUACUAAUAAUUUACUGCUUA